AUGAGUUGUUCAACACCGUCCUCAUCAGAAUGCUCCAUUGGCAGCGUGGAAGUGGACGACUUCAAAUGUGAAAUUUGUCUCGGAAAAGGUCAUGGAAAUCAUUUUGGUGUGAAUGCAUGCAGAGCAUGUGCGGCCUUUUUCAGACGAAUGAUUCUUGGCACUGGAUUCCGACAAAAGUGCCGACUGACGAAGAAUUGUAAGCCUAAAGAUGGACGAUGGUUUUGCAAGAAAUGCCGAUUGGAUAAAUGCUACCGUUUAGGAAUGACACCAGAUAAUAUCCAGCAUGACAGAGACGCCCAUCUCAGUUCCGAGUUGUUUCUGGAAAAUCAUAACAAACGGAAACUACAAGUGAGUGUUUUACCAACUACAGUGGAAAAAUUCGUUGGAGUACCUCAUUCGGUACUUUAUUUCAAGCGAGAAAAACUGCCCAAAAAGAUGUGGACUUAUAUUGAUUUAAGCAAACUUGUUCAAAGAACCGAGAAGAUUCUGAAGACAGAACCUAGUUUUGAUUCUGAGACAUUCAACAUGACGACGUUGGAAAAGCUCACGUUUGGAUUAAGAGAAGCUAGAAAAAAUCAGCAACAAUUCCCGGCCAUAAUGAAAUCAAUGGGAAAAGAGGAAAAUUGUUUUAUAUGGGAGCAACAACUGAUGACUGCUGCCAAUUGGAUAAUGUACUUUGAUGAAUUCCGAGCGCUUCCAUUCGACCAAAAAUUCGCAAUGAUCAAGUGUAUGUGGCAUCUAUGGGGACGAUUGGAACGGUUAGCAAUGACCGCUGAAAUGAGAGUUAAUGGAUAUUGUGGAAAAAGAGAUUUCGUAAUUUCACAUGAUGCCCUGUUAGACUAUGAUAACGUGGACUACGAUCCUUCGUGGAGCACUUCGUAUUCGAAAGACGAGUUGUUGUAUUUUCUCGAUGCUCCAACAUAUCACGGGGAGCCACUUGUUGAAUCCUUUAUCAAUAUCAAUCCAUCAGAUACGGAGUUGGUUUUUUUGAUUUGUAACCUUUGUCUACGAUUAACAGGAAAAAAAUUAGGUGGGGAAAUCGAAGAAGUCACUCAGAAGCUACAAGAUGUUUUAGCUAAUUCUCUUCACAAGCAUUACACCGACAUAGAAAUGCCAAGAUAUGCUCAUCGGCUCGCAAAACUGUUGUCGAUUGGAAAUGAUUGGUUGAAUCUGACGCAUAAGCGAAAGGAAAAAAUGCAGGUUGCCUACAUUUUGGACGUUUUUCAUGUAGAGUUUUCUCAUCCAGAACUAUUCCAAUACUCUGUUUAA